AUGGUUUCUGCCCGUUCCUACGUAUCCAAAUAUGUCGUGCUCGUGUGGACAGCUUGGUUCGUCGAUGCCGCAAUUCGCGAAUCUCCCGUCAUUCGAACCGACUCGGGCCUUGUUUCCGGUGUGCGAGAGGUGAUUGAUGGCCGAGAAGUCGACAUGUACUUGGGCAUUCCCUACGCAGAGCCUCCCAGAGACCUUCUGCGCUUCAGCAAACCCAUUCCGAUCAAGCCGUGGAACGGAACACUCAAGGCCACUACGAGACCCAAGCCGUGUCCUCAAAAUAUUCACUACUUGACCGAUGAAGUGAGCUUCUACUACACCAAGAAUUCGGAGGACUGCCUCUACCUUAACAUCCGCAAGCCGGCGUCCGACUGCAAGCAGGAGGUCUGCAGCUCCAAGCUUCCUGUGGUGGUCUUCAUGCACGGUGGGUGCUUUCAGUGGAGUGACUCGGGUCUUUUCAUGCACGAUGGUGGAAACUUCGCUGCUCUCACCGACACUAUCAUGGUUAGCUUCAACUAUCGCCUCAACGUGUUCGGAUUCCUCUCUGCUGGAAACGAAGAAGUCGCCGGUAACUGGGGCCUCUGGGACCAGAAUCUUGUGCUGAGGUGGAUACAGAGGAACAUCAAUAGCUUCGGUGGUGAUCCUUCGGAAGUCACCAUUAUGGGUCACAGCGCCGGAGGCAUCUCUGCUGGUUUUCACGCCGUUUCUCCGCAGAGCGUCGGUCUGUUUAAGAGGAUGAUUCUUCAAAGCGGUAGCCCCAUGAACGCCAUAGCCAGCCUCUCUGCUCGUACAGUUGGAAGCGUUAUGGAACUAGGUGCAGAUUUGGCGUGUGAAGGUGUGAGAGAACGGAAACUGGGUGUAGUCAUGGACUGUCUGAGAGGCAGGGACAAAAACCUGUUGCUAGGGCAACUGAGUGGCAUCGACUUACGUAAGAGUUUGUACGGGCCAAUAUACGGAGAUGAAUACGUUCCCGAUGACCCGCUUCUCAUUAGUAGCUGGAAGAAAAAAAUCAAAAGCAAGGAGAUCAUGAUCGGAACUACGUCAAACGAAGGUUCAAUGUUUCUUUAUGGUGCCAUGAAGAUCGUACCGCAGCUUAAGAGUCUCCUUGCAGCUGAAUAUAGGUCAACCAUUACUAUCGCAAUAAGUACGACUUUAGGAAUUUCAAUUAAAGGUUCGAGAGAAAUAACCAAUGCCUAUUUCGCAGACUGGAAGGGAGAGCACACUGAAGACGAAGUGCUCCAGGUCCUUGGUAAUAUUCUAGGAGACGGACUUUUUGUAUGCCCAGCUACGAUCUUCGCAGACAUUGCAUCGGAGCAAAAAAUUCCAGUAUUUAGGUAUACUUUCGACUAUAGACCCUCGUUCAGCUUCUGGCCUGACUGGUUUCAAGUUGCGCAUGGAGAUGACCUCCCUUUCACUCUUGGUUCAUUAUUGUUUUAUGGAGACGAAAGCAGGUUUGAACCCGGAAUUCGGAAAGAGGACUACGAUUUUUUUAAGCAGCUCAAGUACAGCAGCGCCGAAAAGGACUUUAUGAAAGCGGUGGUGGAGUCAAUGUCGGAAUUCGUCAAAACAGGAAAGCCAACAAUACCAGAAACAAAGGAUGUGUGGCCUAGGUACUCAUCUGCCAAUCCGCAGUACAUAAACAUCCGGCCUGGAAACACCACGAAGCGGCGUGGGCCAAACAUAGACAUCUGUAAGGUUUGGCGGCGCGUUCUCAUGAAAGAAGAGCCAGACACGGGUACCCGAGAAGCGCAAGAAAAACGUACUCCUUCGAAAACGUCGCGAAAGACCACAUUGGUAGCCCACAAGAAGGCGCAGGAACCAUCGGCGAAACACGUUUCGGGGGCAGCGGAAAGCUCGUAUCUAGGCCAUUACCUGUCCGUGGCAAGCGCCGCAUUUGUACUUUCUGUGCACAUCGCUGCGGGUAGAGUUCGUGCAUAGUUUCUAUUUUGAUGAAUGGUCAAUAAAUUUCGUAUGAGUGUAGCUAAC